AUGGGAAUUUGUUGCCAGCGAGACAUUAAACUGAGAUUUCCUCCAUAUGCUGAAGGCAUAAAAUUUUCUAAUUUAUCACCACAUGCAAUACUCGACAGUAAUGAAUAAAAAGAUGUAAGAGAAUACUACGAAUUUAUCAAAGUCAUAGGCUACGGACAAUUUGGAACAGUAAGGGAAGCCAUAAAAAUGCUAAACGCGAAGCCAUUGGAAAUUUCAAAUGAAGCCGCCAGAGGAAAACAUUACGCAGUCAAGUCGAUUUCAAAAGAUAGAGUGCUAAAAGAGACUGAAUCGCUACUCCCCCCCCCCCUCUGUGAGUGGACAAAAAAAUUUUUGUUUACUCACGGAAGGGGGUUAAUUUUUUUUUUUUAAAAAAAUUUAUAUGUAAAUUUUAUAAAAAAUAUUUUUUUUCGAAAUUUAAAAAAAUCCUAAUUUGCAAAAAUUUGAAAGCAAAUAUUAAUUUUAAUUUAUAAAAUUUAUGUUUUAAAAAGCAAUUCAUUUAAAAUUAAACAGAAUUAGCUCUAGAUUUCAUUAUAUUAAUUAUCAUUUAUAUAUCAAAUUUUUUUACAUAAAAAAUUUUUCUUCACUCUCGGAGGGUGGGUUUUUGGGCAAAAAAUAGCGAUUUUUCUAAUGGUUUUGUUCACUCACAGAGGGGGGGGGGAGUAAGAAGAGAGCUCGAAAUUUUGCAGAUUGUAGAUCACCCUAACAUCAUUAAAAUGUAUGAAAUUUAUGAAGACAAAAAGUAUAUACAUAUUGUGAUGGAGUUAUGCACAGGAGGUGACCUCUUUGAUUAUUUAUUACUUAAAGGGACUUUAAAUGAAAUGGAAGUAGCAACGAUAAUGAAAAAACUGAUGCUUGGGGUCAAACACUUGCAUAGGCUAAAUGUGUGUCAUCGAGACCUGAAACCGGAAAAUUUCAUGCUAAGUCAUGCAGGGCCUGAUGCUGAAAUAAAAAUCAUUGACUUUGGGAUGUCUAUAAAAUUUACCAAUAACCAAAUGAGUACUAUGGUUGGGACUCCUUAUUAUUUAGCUCCUGAAAUGAUGCAUGAAACAUAUGGCAAAGAGUGUGAUUACUGAUCUCUUGGUGUAAUAAUGUACUUCUUACUUGUUGGUAAGCAUCCGUUUAUUGGAGUGAACGUCAAUGAUGUGUUCAUGAGAAUAUCCAGAGGACAUUUUUCAUUUUCUCAUCCAAAGUGAGCAAAUAUUUCUAGUGAAGCAAAAGACUUGAUCUCCAGACUCCUUGUGCUAGACCCAGCCCAGCGUUAUAACAUGUCCCAGGCAUUAAUGCAUCCGUGAUUUCAGCGUUUUAUGGUCAACCAACCUGAGCCCGUUAAUUUAAAUAUUUUCAAUUCUUUGAAGAACUACAAGGCUAGAGGAAAGCUCUGACAGGAAACCAUGAAACUAGUAGUUAAAAAUCUUUCUGAAGAACAAAUUUCAGAACUUCACAAUGCUUUUAUGUCUUUGGAUUCAGCAAAUCAAGGUUACAUUACUGCAAUCGAUAUAGAGCAAGCCAUGAUUAGGCAGGGCCAUGAAAUUUUCCUUGAUGAUUUUCACAAUAUGAUUAGAAACAUAGAUUAUAUAGGAAAAGGAAAACUAAAUUACACAGAGUUUAUAGUAGCUGUUCUCGAUAGGAAGAAGAUUCUAAAUGAAGAAAUCAUAUGGGAUGUUUUUAAAAAGUUUGAUCUUGUAUGAAAUAUAUAGAAUAAUGAGGAGAAAAUUGGAGUUAAAGAAUUAAAAACGGCACUUGAAGUAGCAGGCUGUUCCCUUAAUAGCAAUGAUUUUAAUGAAAUUGUGAAUGAGUUUCAAUUGAAAGCUGGGGAAUUUAUGGAUUUUGCUCAUUUCAAAGAAAUAAUGAUGUGCUUUUCCGAAGAUAACUCUAUGAGAUUUUCACUAGGAACAGAAGAAUCGCCAAGAAAUUCAGUGAGGAGGCUGUCUAAGCAAAGAUUGAGUAUACGAAGAGUUAGUCGGAUUUCUGAAAGAAGAAGCAGUACAAAUUCAAAAGUUUCUGCCAGUGACUUUCCUGUGUGUAAAACAAUGACAUAA